AUGAGCGCAGCGUUAGCAGCCAUUCCACCAUACCAGUCCGACUCGAUUCCUGCUGUUGUUGCGGUAGAGGAGCUGCCGUCUUACGAGGAUGCACGCGCGGAAGCGACUGCCUCGCGUCGGCGCCGGAGCGCCCCUAUUCCAUUCGCGACUUACAUCGAUGCUCACCACCGCCGUACGACUACGUCUGACGUGCGACGUCCAGACCCAUACAUCUCAGAACGCUCCUUUCACAUUCGUACCACCAAGGGCGUGGCAUGGCUCACCAUGACUCUGAGAAGUCGUGCUACCAGCGCCAAAUACCUCCCGUUGUACUGUGAUAGGGAUGUGAUCCGCGGUAACGUCACAUUGGAGUUGCAAGAGACUAUGCGACUGAAAGCCAUUGUGCUCAAGUAUCGCUGCGUAAUCUCGGGUCAGAUACAACAAGUCGUGCUUGAUAAGGAGCAAAAUAUAUGGCCUCAGGAUAGCGCGCAGACUGGUUUUCUUCCCAGAGGGAAGCAUGUUAUGCCCAUUGAGUUUCCCAUCCCUCAUGAAGUACCCAAUCCUCGACGUCCUGGCCAAAUGAUAGACUUGCCUCCAACCUUUACCGAAGGCGGUGGAAGUGCCGUCUACAUUGACUACAUGUUCUCCGUAAGCCUGCGGAAACCACGAUUGAACAUGAGCAGAAAAAUCACGACGGAGGUGGGGUACUAUCCUCGAACUGUGUGCGGGGCGCCCUCUCUGCUACGCUCACUUGCAUACGAGAACAAUACUAGCCUUCUUGGCCCCGAGCUCGACCCUUCUGGCUGGAGGAUUCUCCCGUCGGUCAACACACCAAGAACGGUGUUCGAGACGAGAGUUAUCUUGAUAGAAUAUACGCUAGCUAUCGCCGAACCGCUCUCCUUCGCUAUAGGCGGUUCGAUUCCCGUCUUCCUUACCAUCAAGAGCCCAGAGUCGCAAGCGCUCGAUAUCGCCGCUUCGCGAGCUGACGUUCGAUUGAGGCGUGUAGUCGGAGUGGGACGGCGUAAUACAUCGUGCAAACACAUCGCCCGAGCUGUAUUCCGGCCGUAUGAGCGGAUCGGGCGAGCGAACGAGGAUACCCGUUGCCUUCAGGGAGAAAUCAGUAUACCCAAGGGGACAACACCCUCGUUCACCUGGCUAGAUGUCACUCUUCGGUACGACAUUGCCCUUUACAGCCCCACAAUCGCCGAGCCGACCGUAGCCUCAACUCCGGCAUUCUUGUCCAGCGGAAACCCACUGCACUCUGAGAAGGUCGUAGUCACAGCUGCCUCUCCUCGUCACGGCAGCGGGGAUCUGCUCUCGUCUCUUCCGCCAGCGUACGGUUUAUAA